AUGGCACCCGAUCGGCCCUCGCAGUCGAAGGGCAAGAGACAAGCACCGCAGAAGGACAAGAAACGCAAAGAUGCACCCGGCGGUGAUCGACAUGAUGUAGCGAAGAAAGCACGAUUCGACCACGGUAGGAAGGCACGCGAUGCGCGGACACUCUCAACUCAGACCACAAAGUCCUUCAAGAAUGGCGAGCUCGAUGUCGCUCAGUUCGUGCAGGCACGUGAGUACGAGAUCAGAGCUCUGGGAGACGGUAUGGCAAGAAGUAAGAAAGCACUGAAUCGUCGGGCCUUUCAGCAAGUGCCCAAGGACCUGCGAAGGAGGACUGCCAGUCAUAAUGUGAAGAGGAUACCCAAGCGGUUGCGUGGAAGAGGCAAGCGGGAGAUGGCUGAGGAUAAUACGCCCACUGUGAAUGCCAAGACCCGGAAGCCUACAAGGCGAAUGCGUUUACGAUUGGAGACGGCAAAGUCACUACGUGCCCUAGGCUCAAGACGGAAGGCCGAGAAGGAAAAGGCCACAGCGGAGAAAGUGGUCGUCCAUGAUCCGAGCCAAGAAGUAAAUCAUACCAACCCCAAGGGUGGCAAGCAGGCGAAUAAGCCUGUUGUGCCCAAAGCAAUUUCGAAACGGCGAAAGGCUAGGAAACCACUUCUGGCCACUUCUCCAGUACCCAAAGCCAAGUUUCGCAAACGCCAGAUCUACAAAUCAUGGCUGCCAACUCAUAUGUUUCAUGCCAAGCGCGCACAGAUGACACGCCCCUCUAACCCAUUAUGGCGAUUUGCUGUCCCGCUCACGCCGUCCGCCAAAAGCUACAGGCCAACGCAUAGAGCGAGUCAUGACCGUGGCGCUGUAGCCUGGGAUGGUAGCUACAUGUCUACUAUUAGUUUGGAUGGACGACAAGAUAGCCUGCUGGGUGUGCUGAAAGCACUGAGCGUCAGCGAUAUCGAUUUGAUAGGCCCCAAACGUCAUAAGUGGCGGCAAGGAACUCGCAGCCUCGAGUUGUUGUUACAUGAGCGAGAAGCACCACACACCCCCAUCGCGCCUGUCACGAUCAUAUGGUGUGCUCUGUCGUCAAGGACAGAUGAUCAGCUCCAGCAACCGACUAGUCCACAGCGCAAUAUGCUCAUUCGGGUCCAUCCGUCUGCCUUCCGCCAGCUUUGGGAAGAGCUUCUCCGCUUGGCAAAAGUAGCCAAACCACAAGUGAAAGUGGCGGAUCUACGAUUUGAGAUUGGCAGUAUAGAAGUCGUUGGACCUGGUGCCACGGAAGCACUGCUAGGCGCAUUGUGGCCUGUGACAGGGAAAGUAGCGGAAAGCGAAUCGGGCAGAUCUGUUGGCGGAACGUGGACGAAGCUCGCUGGACUGACCAAUCCUGCAGGACUGCCUGCAAAUGUGAUGCUAGGCUUUGAGGUCCAGGACCCACGUCUACACCACCCACCAAGGACGAUCAAACUGCCCAAGACAGACAGCGAACAACAGGAGUUACUGGAGACUAUUGCGGCGUGGUCAGUCGAUAAUGCACAAGGUCCACCUAGCAUCUUUGACGGCAAAGCUAGACGCUCUGCAAGUUCGUCUUUACCCAGCCAGAAAGCAGUGAACAGGCGUAAGGCACUCGCACCACCCGGUCAAUACCCUGGAGCUGUUGCUAGCGAUCCCAAGAUCCCGAUACUCCUCUUCGCCUCAUCCUCAGCGAAUAGAACAUCUCGGUCUAAACCCAACACAACAAGUUGGACACUCCUCUGUCCCUGGAAAUGCGUCCAACCUAUCUGGUACAGCCUGACGUACUACCCACUCUCCACGGGCCAACAAGCACGUUUCGGUGGAUUGAAGGAGAAACGGCAGCUAGCUUUCGAGGCAGGGCAGCCGUGGUUCCCUGCUGAUUUCCCUGGUACGGAGGCUGGGUGGGAGUGGGAGAUGCGGGAGCGUAGGGAGAGAGAGGAUGCGUGGAGGAGGGUGCCGAAAGGGAAGAGGACGAGUUUCGAAAAAGUGCGUGUGUGCAAUGGGAAAAAGGGUGAGGUGGGAGUGGGAUGGGCUUGUGAUUGGGAAAGAUUGCUUGCUGCUUCCGCCAAGAAGGAUCUAGAUGGCAAUGUCUCCGUGGCCGACAUUGAUCCUGUCGUUACGGCCGCAGAUGGAGACGAGAGCGAAAAGCCGUCGCAGACUAUGCCAGGACAUCCAGCAACGACAAUACCGCCACCGAUGCCGAACGGACUCGCCCAGCUUUCCCCAGCCAGUGCACAGGCUCUACUCGCAAGUGGCAUUAUACCAUCCCACAUCACACUCUCCACUGCCCUGAUCGCAGUCCGUCUGCAUCUAGUGACUCGCGGCGUGCCCACAGCAUGUGCCAGGCUCUACCGUCUCCCCUCCGCCACCACAAACCUCACACUUCGAAAGCAAUGGCUAGCUCUCCUGCCCACGAACCAGAAACGCGGCCGCAAAGGACCUAAGCAUGCUCUGCCGCGCUUGCCCCAGGAUGCUUUGCCGUAUGUUGUACAGCAGAGAUUGGCUACUAGUUUACUCGAACCUACCAGGGCGGGCGAAGAUGAGUAUCCUACUUGUCCUGGCGAGGAGGAUCUUGUGGGGUUUGUGACCACUGGCAACUUUGACCUAGGCCAAGGAAAGGGUACUGGGAUUGGCAGUCUGUUAGUUCAGCGGAUGAUGGGCGAAGUGAGAGUCGACCAAGACGAGGGUCGGUUGUGUGUCGUCCGUAACUCUGGUCAGGGGCUCGGCAGGCUUGCGAGAUGGGAGGUCGUAUAG